ACUUUGCGCAUUAUAUACGUAGAGAGGGGGACGCAAUGUAUUUUCCUGAAUCCGGUUCCGACGUGGCAACGACACAGUACGGACCGACCGAGCACAGGGCUCUCCUACCCGAACGGUAGCAGCCGAGAGACGGCCUGUGCGGGGCGGAAGAUUUCUCACGGCUGACGGAUGAGAAAGCGCUUCGUUAUGCACCCUCUCAUACAGGAUGGCAGCCUCUAAGCAAAGCUUUACCGCAAACUUUCCGCUCGGCGUUUGACGCGGGUGUGUGUAUUGUUAUUGUGCUUCUACCGAGUCAGGAUCCAAGAGCAUAUAUAUAUACCGUGAUGCAGGUGCAAACUGUGGGCUAAAUGUUCCUGAAAUGUCUCGCUUUGCGCCGACGCGGUCCAUUGUGCCAUGGCAGCCCUGCAUUGACAGAUGCCAUUUUAAGUCUGCGUGGUCCCGCCGUCCGGAAUCGCAGCAAAGUGUUGUGUAAUUGACAAGUUGUAGCAACACAAGCUGGUGGAACGGGAAUGAGCGUCCAUGGCACUUUAUGGGUUUGAGGCUUCCCGUUGAAGAGGCAGCUUCACAUCUGGACCGCCCGGCUUCUACCAACCGCGGCCUGCUCGGAUGAACUUAUUUGUUAAUUGGCAACAGCCUCGAAGGGUGUCGUGUUAGCCGAGGGAGAAUAUACUUUAAAAAAAUGGUGGCGUCAGCUAUAGCUCGUCACGCAUAUUAAAGCAACGCCAGCGUGACACUGCAGUCUUCUCGCCUCAUCGCCCACGUCGACGUUCAAAGGGGGGAAAUAAGAGUAAAAGUGGAGUAUUGUCCGCCAUACGUGUCAACGCAGUGGGAUUUCUACGUGUGGUCGGCGUUCACCCCCCACCCUUCCCGCGGUGACGGUUAUGGGUCGGAAGCGGUGUGUAGGUGCAGAUUGUUCCAAGAUGGCGGCCGGGUGCUGCGGGGUGAAGAAGCAGAAGCUGUCGGGAUCGCCCGGGUCGGGGGGUCCCGGCGGGGUGGGGGCGGGAAGCGGGGUGGCAGGAACCGGACAUUGUGGAUCGGAGUUGGGGAUUGGCUCCUCCGCGACGGUUGCUGGAGCGGCGAGCGUGAGCAGGGCGAACGGCCUGGGGGGACCCGGGGGUAACGUUAGCGGCGGUGGUAGUAAUAGUAGCGGUGGCAGCUGUGGACCAAGCACUCUGUCUCCAGCCCCGGCCGGUUACACUUCCUCCGGUCUCUCCCCGAAUCUCAGCCCUGGAUUGGGAAGUGGAGGCAGAAAAAUGGUUGUAUCAGCGGAGAUGUGCUGCUUCUGCUUUGACGUGCUUUAUUGCCAUCUAUACGGAUACCAACCUCCGAGAACACCCAGGUUUACAAACGAUCCCUACCCGCUGUUUGUCACAUGGAAAAUCGGCAGAGACAAGCGAUUGAGGGGUUGUAUAGGUACAUUUUCUGCCAUGAAUCUCCACUCAGGACUCAGGGAGUACACCCUUACCAGUGCCCUUAAAGACAGCCGCUUCCCCCCCAUGACAAGGGAUGAGCUGCCUCGCCUAUUCUGCUCAGUGUCUCUUCUCACCAACUUUGAAGACGUCGGUGAUUACCUUGACUGGGAGGUGGGUGUUCACGGUAUUAGGAUAGAGUUUUUCAAUGAGAAAGGAUCAAAACGCACCGCCACCUACCUGCCAGAGGUCGCAAAGGAGCAAGGUUGGGACCACAUUCAAACCAUAGAUUCCUUACUACGAAAGGGAGGUUACAAAGCCCCCAUCACAAAUGAUUUCAGGAAGACCAUUAAGUUAACCAGGUACCGUAGCGAGAAGAUGACAAUGGGCUAUGCAGACUACAUAGCCCACCGCCAGCAUCCUCACUACCAGAAUGGCAUCGGGCACCCUCUUCCACCCUACAACCAUUAUUCCUGACAGCGAGCCGCAUGACCAAUCAUUGGACCUCUCUGCUGACCUUUUCCCAGGAGAGCCCGCCCCCUCCUGGUCUAGCUAUUUCUACUACUGUACCAUUUUAUGAUGAUAGUUUCCGUUGUCAUGUUAGCAGUCUCCCAAGAUGAUGUUAACAUGGCAACGGGCUCGAUUACGGCGAGAGAAUCCACCUUUUUGUUAAUGAGUGUGUGUGCGGUUUUUGCAGCAUACGUAUAUCUUAUAAAUCCCUUUUAUUUGUGGUUUUUGUCAUUUUAACCAUCAAGUCCACUCAGUAACCGAAUUCUGUGGAUGAAAGGAAGUCUUUUAUUUUGCAACCAUAUUUUACUUGGAAUUUUUUUUUUCCCUUUCUUUUUCUACCAGACUUCAUGUAAAGCAUGUAGCAGGGCAACCACAGUUCUCAAAGGCUGUGUCAUCUCUACUCUUGACUCCUCUCAAAAAAAAAAGAAAAAAGUUUGUUUUAGCGCUUAAACUCUAGUGUAGUAAAUUUGUAUCGAGUUGUGUAUACUCCAAAAGUUUCCAUUGAUACCAUUGAAGAGCUUUUGUUGGCUGUUUAUUGCUGGAGCUCACAUUUUUAGUUUUUGUGUAUGUAUUCUUCCUUCCCCUGAUAGUCAAGACAUUUAAGAUGGAGUAGUGUUAUUUGUUGUGUUGUCCCAGCAGGCGUGGCCAUUUUUAGGCUUGUCUUUUUUAAAACGGAGUAACAGCAUUUGAUUUAGGGAGGGGUCCUGAUACCACAUGUAUGCUGUUUCCGUUUUCUGGCAGGGAAGUCGUGUGACAGGAAAGCUUCUUAAAGCCAUAUUUCUCUCAAGUCGUCGUAUUUUGGAUGGCCGUGACCUCCAGCGUAUUCAACGCAAUAUGUGUAUUCAUUCGCACGUCUUCGUCUUUUUGAUACGUAUUUUGAGUUUCUUUUUGCGCAGGAAGUUCUUUGUGUGCAGACACAAUGAAUUAAGGCCCGGGUUUUCGCGGAGCUUCGGUUUGGUUGGCUGGAAUUUUUUUUUGAGAGGUUCUCUUUCCCUUUUUUUUAUUUUUUUUGGGAGGGGAGGGGGUGUAACAGCCUUUUAGUUUUUUCUUUAUGCAAAAAAACGUCAAGGGCUUUUUGGCACUCCUAACCACAGCUAACUCAAAAUGAACCCACAUUUUUUAAGUUAUGUUGCCUUAAAACAGAUUUUUACCAACAAAUGACGGUGAGAUGAUGCUCUGUUCCUGCGUUUCCACCACCGCGGACACGCCCCCAACCCCGGGAGUUUUUAACGGAGCUUCCAUUUCCCGCUUCAUUUUCAAUCCCAGCACAACCACAACUGAUCUGCUGCAAAACCAAACUGACCCAUGCUCUUGAACACACAUGUCUUUGUGUACACAUGCAAUGUAUCUAAUUGCAUCUAUGAGUAUGAGACCUAUGGUUUUCUCCAUCAUAUAUAUAUUAUUAUGCUUGAUUUAUGGCUUGGACACUCUAAGAGAUCGAAAUGACAAAUAUGGUGCUAUUUGACCUCAUAUUGGGGUGGUCACGGUUCGUGACUGGUCAUGCGGACUCAUAUCUUUAAAAAAAAAAAAAAAAAAAAAAAAAAAGAUGUUACAUGUAAGGUUUUCUCUUUGGUAUAUUGCUGCGAAACGCAGCACAUUUUUAUUACUGAAGGAAAACAAAAAAAACGUAGCCCCCCUCCCCUCCCCAGCUGUCAUCAAAUCCAUUGUGGUGAGUUCCCUAUGGGAAAACGGAUAUUCCUUCACGUGUAAUGAAGACAUGUCCCAGCAGGGGCUACGGAAUGUACUGUUACCAAUCCCGAUAUAUUCCGAGAGAAUCUUAUGUGUGUUACCUUUUUUGACUCUUUGAUAUAUGCAGAUCUGUUUUGUGUUCGCCCGUGCAUGUUUGAAAGGACAGGAAGUCAGACGUAAACUUUAACCACACUCGCACGGCCUCGUCUGUCCAGGUGUCAUCGGUCGUUUGCCCCUCUCCAUAGGUCAGAUCUGAUUUUCCUUUAAAAAAAAAAAACAAACAAAAAAAAAACUCUCGUCUAGCCGCUGCCAAAUAAUUUGACGACCUUUGAAACGGCGACGCGUUGGUGUGUACCGAUGCAGGGCAGUUGCCUGGAAUUCUGAGCCGCCUGAAAGAAUAUCGUAGUGGGCCUCUCUACCCCAGUGGUUCUCAAAAUGUUUUCACCAAGUACCACCUCAUAAAACUCUUUGCUUUCGAAGUACCACGAUAAUGACCAAUAUUAUAAUACAGUUGCGUAGUAGGCCUAAGUAUUCAUUUAAAACAAGGCAGAAGUUUUAGUCAAGUAUAUUUGAUAUUUUUGGCCACUGUGACAUGACACACAGUUUGAACAGUAACACUGAAUCUACUUAAAUUAAAAUGAGGUGAUUCUUUGGCACACCACUAAAUGGAACCCUACUGCAGUUUGAGAAUCAUUUUACCCAAGUCAUUGACUGUGUGUGCCAGUGUGGGCCCUUAGAAUUGUUCCCCCCCUCCACAGCAGCGAUACCUCAUGGGAUAUUGGACUUGUUUCUAGUUUGUCGUAGCAGUUAAGCGUCAAUAAGGGGGAAGAAGGCUUGUAGUUCAGCCUCAGCACUUCCUCGCACGGCCAUUUCUCGUAUUCAGCUGGCGUGGACUUGUCGUGUUUGACUGAACCAAAGAUGCAAAGCGGCCGUGUCCCAACAUGCUGCUCUUCUGGCCCGAUUUCCUGUCCUUCCAACGCAGUCGACUAAAACCUUAAUGUUUGUGCGUCGGUUUAUCGAGCAACCCAAUUUUUCAAUGAAAAAUCUCAUCUGAAGCCGUUCAUGGCAUCAAGGAUGGUUUUAAAAAGGUUGCAUCUUAUUUUGUUUCUUGUUAUUGUUAUUAUUGCUCUAAUUCACACACACAAAAAAAAAUAAUUCCCAUUGUGUGCCUCGUAGCUUUAUGGGUUUAUAUUUUUUCCCAGAAAACCAGCAGUUAUCCUUUGUAUAAAAGAUGGGAUUUGUUUCUUAUGUUUUAUGCCAUUAAAGAUGAAAAGCCUGUUUUCGUUACUCUGGACCCAGUAGCUGCACUGGUGUACAAUCGCACUGAUAGAUGAAUAGUAAAAAUAAAAAUGAAUAAAAAAAGAAUCAUUAAUAAUAAUCAUGACAAAUGAAAUAAGAUCUACAAUAAACUUGUGUUUGAGACUUUUUGAUUACAGAAGAUAAAAAAGACUGUUUUUGUACAUCAGAAAUUCUUUUGAAAAAAAUAUUUUGAAUCUUGUUUCUGAAUUAUUUUAGUGGUUUUCUAUGUUCUGAAUUUUGCAGACACCGACUUCUAUGAGAAUAUGUCGCUGUACAAAAUUAUUUUUUUCAGUUGCAGUGGCCUGACGGGCAGGGGUUUGCCUGGUGUAACUCCCCAUACCAACUUUUUUUCUUUUUGACUUGUUUGAAUAUGCUUUAAUAACUUGAACAUGUUGAUGGAAAAAUAUGAACCUGGAAAGCGCAAAUCCCACCCCUGUAGAAGUAGAACCUUCCUCCUUGAAUUGCUGUUAGUGUGACAAGACUUGAAAUGGGCAUUUUGUUCAUCGUGUAAGACCCCCAACAUAAAAAAAAGUUAGGUAUACACAAAAGAAAAGACAUAAAAACAAAAAAAAUGCAAAAGAGUUAGGGUGGGGAUGAAAAGAUCUUAAAAAAAAUACAUAUAUCAAUGGGUUAUCUUGAGUAUGUAAGCAAUGGAUGUGAAGAUAAUGUAGUUUUAAACAUUGUUAUUACCUUUUAAAAUCAUUUAUUCAAUAAAAAAAGUCAACUCAAACAUCAAUGGGUUGUUUUCUUUCCGCAGUCACAAUCGCCAUGGUUACGGUACAUAUGCGGUUUGUCAAAGAUAAACGUCCAAGUCUACAUUUCAAUCUAAAAUGGUGUUAGCUCCCGUUUAUUCUGUAGAAUAUGUUCUCAAAAAAUGUAAACAUGACAGAUUAAUAGUUAAAAAUUAAAUGUAACAGUAAAUGUAUAUAAGUA